UCUUCUCUCUCCCCCCAUAAAUCCCAAAGCACUUUGAAGCAUUGGAGAAUGAAGUAAUAUUAGUGGAAAUUUUGAAGUGCUUAAAAUCCAUGGUGGCCAAAACUUGUCUCACAUAUCUCAAUGCAGAAAGACAGAAGCAAAUUAAGUGCUUUUACUACUCUGGCUCCAUCUUCAAGGCCACCUUCAGAGAUUGAAAAAAGCAAUGGAAAUAGAUUACUGAGGUUUUCGGACUGUAAACUAGGAAUGAGAUGGGCUGUGCUGUGACUUAAGAAGAUAAGGUUACGGAAAUCAGUGAGGUUUUUGGUCAGACUUUUUGAGACUCUUACUCAUCGUUCCCCAUCAUCUUUCCCAAUCAAGAGCCAGCCUUUUUUUUUUUUCUAAACAUACAACAACUUCCCUUGAUCUUAUUUUUGCUUUGGGUUUUUGUUCGAGUUUCUUUCCAAAUCAACCCCAUCUUACAAUUGAAGGGGGAAAAAAUAGUGGUUUAAUCCUUUUAACUCAGAUUCUCUUCAAAUCCCAUCGCUUUCUCUUCCAAUUAUUUCAGCUUUUUGAUAGGCCAUGAAAGUACAAUUCAUCUGUUUUUUGUUAUCUUUUUUGGGGUUUCCCUAUUCUUGCUGGGUGCCAUUUCUGAACCUGAACUGAGUCCCUUGAAAUUUGUGAUUUUCUUUAGUAGUAUUCAGAAAAACAAUUCUGAUAAAAAUCCGUGAAAAAGCUUAGUUUCUUUUGAAGAGUGCUCAAACAGGAAGGUAGGUUCAUUUCAUAUUGCUUCUCUCUCUCUUUCUCUCACUGUUCCUUUUUGUUCCCAAGAAGAUAACCCAGUUCAGUUCCAUCUCAUUCUCACUUUUCUCAGCUCAAAAAAUGAAACAAAAUAUGUUAUUUUCCCCAUAUAUUUAUAUUGGAACCAGUGACCCUGUUUUACUCAUAGUUAACAAGUGAUUGCUUUUCUCAUUUUUUUGUUUUACUCCUUGUUCUCUUAUUGGCUCAUGGACUAAAUUUUUCCUUCUUUUUUUUUUUCCUGAACAUUGUGGUUGUGUUCUGUUUUAGAUCAACCAGAAAUGGCAGGUUCCAACACCAGAUGGAGUAAUGGGUUUCAAGGAAAAUCAAUCAAAGAUGAAGACUUUGAUGAAGAAGAAACAUGGGGAUUUGUCAGUGAAAGAAAAGAAAAAGAAGCUUUGACUCCAAUGUCAACAAAAUUUAACCAUCUCUCUUCUUCUUCUUCUUCUUCUUCUUCUUCUUCUUCCUCCUCCUCUUCCUCUGCUUGGCGCAUGCAGAUCAGCAGUGCUCCUAAAAUGAUACCAAAAGCCAAAACAACAGCAAAUCAAGAACCCAUAACUGUGAAGAGAUCAUCAGCUCCUUUGGAGAUACCAGAUUGGUCAAAGAUAUAUGGAAGAAAUGGCAAUAUGGGUUCAUGGAUAAAUAAUGAAUAUGGCUUUGUUGAUGGUGCUGCAUGUAAUGGUUUUGUUAAUGAUGAUGAUGAUGAAGAGGAUGUUCUGGUUCCUCCACAUGAAUGGAUUGCUAGGAAGCUUGCAAGGAGUCAAAUUUCAUCUUUUUCAGUGUGUGAAGGGAUUGGAAGAACAUUGAAAGGAAGAGAUCUAAGUAAAGUGAGAAAUGCCAUUUUGACAAAAACUGGUUUUUUGGAGUGAUGAAAGAAAAACCAUCAUCAUCAUCAUCAUUUUCCUGAUUAUUAGACAUGAAAAAGAAAGCCCUUUAUUUUUCUUCCUUUUUGUUGAAGUAAAAUCUUCUGAGUUGGUGAUGGAAACUAGAGAAAUAUCAGGAGAAAUUUGAGAAGAACUGUUUGUUUUGGUGUGUGUGUGUUUUCCUUUUUGGGUCGGCAUGAUCUGACAUUUUGUUGUUGCAUUUGAGUUUUGGGUAAUUGAAUUCCAGUUUGGUAAUAAAAACAAAAUGGUAUAGAAUAGUGUUUUUCCAAGUUUGCAGUGUUUUUAGAAUUUCAGUGUUGAGGAAAUGAAGUGCACUGUUGAUGAAAC